GUUUGCCAGCCAAAGCUAUGUCUCCGUGCUCACGGCGUUCGUAGGGUGCCGAAUUCUACACCUCCCCACCCCCCACCCCGCUUUCUUUUUUAAAUCCACGCUAGCCAUGGCGAGCCGAGGGGCUCGGCAGCGCCUGAAGGGAAGCGGGAGCAGCGGCGGAGACACAGCCUCUGCCGCGGACAAGCUGCGGGAGCUGCUGUGCAGCCGCGGAGCGGGAGGCGCGGAGCCCCGGGCUGAGAUCUCUGGAAACAAAGCAGGUCAAGUCUGGGCACCUGAAGGAUCUACUGCUUUCAAGUGUCUGCUUUCAGCAAGGUUAUGUGCUGCUCUCCUGAGCAACAUCUCUGACUGUGAUGAAACCUUCAACUACUGGGAACCAACACACUACCUCAUCUAUGGGAAGGGGUUUCAGACUUGGGAAUAUUCCCCAGUCUAUGCCAUUCGCUCCUAUGUUUACCUGUUGCUUCAUGCCUGGCCAGCUGCAUUUCAUGCAAGAAUUCUACAAACUAAUAAGAUUCUUGUCUUUUACUUUUUACGAUGUCUCCUGGCUUUUGUGAGCUGUGUCUGUGAACUUUACUUUUACAAAGCUGUGUGCAAGAAAUUUGGGCUGCAUGUGAGUCGAAUGAUGCUGGCCUUCUUGGUUCUCAGCACUGGCAUGUUUUGCUCAUCAUCAGCAUUCCUUCCUAGUAGCUUUUGUAUGUAUACUACAUUGAUAGGCAUGACUGGCUGGUAUAUGGACAAGACUUCCAUUGCUGUGCUUGGAGUAUCAGCUGGGGCUAUCUUAGGCUGGCCAUUCAGUGUGGCUCUUGGUUUACCUAUUGCCUUUGAUUUGCUGGUCAUGAAACACAGGUGGAAGAGUUUCUUUCACUGGUCGCUGGUGGCCCUAAUACUCUUUCUGGUGCCUGUGGUGGUCAUUGACAGCUACUAUUAUGGGAAGUUGGUGAUUGCACCACUCAACAUUGUUUUGUAUAAUGUCUUUACUCCACAUGGACCUGAUCUUUAUGGUACAGAACCCUGGUAUUUCUAUUUAAUUAAUGGAUUUCUGAACUUUAAUGUUGUCUUUGCUUUGGCUCUUCUGGUCUUACCACUGACUUCUCUUAUGGAAUAUCUACUGCAGAGAUUUCAUGUUCAGAAUUUAGGCCAUCCAUAUUGGCUUACCUUGGCUCCAAUGUAUAUUUGGUUUAUAAUUUUCUUCAUCCAGCCUCACAAAGAGGAGAGAUUUCUUUUCCCUGUAUAUCCACUUAUAUGUCUCUGUGGCGCUGUGGCCCUUUCUGCACUUCAGAAAUGUUACCACUUUGUGUUUCAGCGAUACCGCCUGGAGCAUUAUACUGUGACAUCAAAUUGGCUGGCGUUAGGAACACUCUUCCUGUUUGGACUCUUAUCCUUUUCUCGCUCUGUGGCACUGUUCAGAGGGUAUCAUGGGCCCCUUGAUUUGUAUCCAGAAUUUUACCGAAUUGCUACAGACCCAAGCAUCCACACUGUCCCAGAAGGCCGACCUGUUAAUGUCUGUGUAGGAAAAGAGUGGUAUCGAUUUCCUAGCAGCUUCUUUCUGCCCGAUAAUUGGCAGCUUCAAUUCAUUCCAUCAGAGUUCAGGGGUCAGUUACCAAAACCUUUUGCGGAGGGACCACUGGCUACCCGGAUUGUUCCCGCCAACAUGAAUGACCAGAACCUAGAGGAGCCAUCCAGAUAUAUUGACAUCAGUAAAUGCCACUAUUUAGUGGAUUUGGACACCAUGAGAGAAACACCCCGGGAGCCGAAAUAUUCAUCCAGUAGAGAAGAAUGGAUCAGCUUGGCCUACAGACCAUUCCUUGAUGCUUCUAGAUCUUCAAAGCUGCUGCGGGCAUUUUACGUGCCUUUCCUGUCUGAUCAGUAUACAGUGUAUGCAAACUAUACCAUCCUCAAACCCCGGAAAGCAAAGCAAAUCAGGAAGAAAAGUGGAGGUUAGCAAAACACGCCUGCGGCCCUAAAGGACAACCAUCCUGUUAACCAGAGAUUCCACUGACAGGACUCCUCCAUGUCGUCAUCUCUUGUAACAUUUCUAAUAAAGGCCAUCUGACACAAGUGCUGGAAUCUGGGUGCUUUCGGCUAGUCAAAACCAAUCACAUUCACUUCUUGCCCACAUCUCUGUUCUGCAUGUAAACUUUCUGCAGCUAGGCUAUUGAAGUAGAGUACAACUUUUGAGCAUAGAGCACUGCCAGCAUCUCUAAAGUCCCGGUAGAUAUAAUUCUCCACAUCUCACUGUUUUUCUGCUGUUCAAUCAUUUACUAGACGAGAGGAGAGCAGACCAACUCACAGGAAGAACUGAAAAUCCAUGAACUGGUUGGCUGAGUUAAGCUGUUCUCUACACUCUGGCUUGGCAUCAAGAACUAGCAAGCCUCCCUUAGGCCAUAUGGACUUCUCCACCAAAGCUGUUUGGCAGCUCCUAGCAGACCUUCCUGUUCAAAUCCUAGUUCUGAAAAUGAGCACAGCCUAGUCACCAACCUCCCUGUCCUUUUCAUGUCUAGCAAGACAGCUUCUUUAAAGUACUUUACAGGACUAGGGCCCUGUCCUACAGAUAUCUCAGGCAAAAGGUAACUAUUUGAGGAACUGUGACAUAAUUUCACUGCAUAAGAUGCCUUUUAUCUUCAUUUUAUUUCCUUUACAACAAAUUGUAACUAUAUAGUUUGUUGUUGUUGUUGAUGUUUUAGCAUGCUGUUCCUUGAAUUCAAGACUUCUCUGUAUAAAGGUAUCAACAGAUCAGACUAUAAUUAUACAAGACAUAUAAGGAGAAUAUUAAUUCUAUCAGUUGGUAGAUUUGGAUGACAUCACAUUUUUAAGUAAUAUAUUCUGAAGAAAUUGAGAAUUUCCCUUUUUUAAACAACCCUAGUGAAAAAGACCAGUGUAUAUUUAUAGCACCCAUUUUUGAGUCUGUAUAUUACAAAGCACAUUCUGCAUGGGGCACUUCUCAUCAAAUGGGCAAUUAUAAAGACCUAAUUAAAAUGUAAUAAGUACUAUUACUUUACCUUUACAUACAGCAUUUCAUAGUUUACAAAGCAUAUUCAUGUAAUCUCAUUUGAUCCUCAGUCACAAUGUGAGGUAGACAAAACAAGUGGUUUUAUCUUCAUUUUACAGAUGAAGAAACUGAGACUAUAGAGGGGAGGUAAAGUGACUUGCCCAAGGUCACAUAGCCAGUAAGUAAUAGCACUAGAACUAGAACUAGGUUACGUAACUUCUCACUAGUGCUCUUCUGUAUUUCCUCACAUGACUAUGAAAACAUUACUUGAAAGAAUGAUGAGGUCAGCCAGAGACCUGAUUGACAAUGUAACUUUCUAUUUUCAGGAAGAAUUUUAUCUGCAUUUCCUUGAGUUCUUUGGGACCUCUGGUCUGUUGGUUAGGCCAUCACAGCAGUGCUCUUUGGUACAGCGUGGCUGGUGGCAGGAAAGUGGUGCUCAUGUUUGAAAGUCAUGCUGCUUUGUGGCCCCACAGGAUCCAACAUCAGUUCCAUUUCUGUAGUCAAUCUGAGGUCACUUUAUAAGUGCCUUAUUUCCCUAAGGGUAAUUGUGUCUAGUAUCUGCAAGUAGGUCGAAGAUUCAGAAUUUUUCAGAGUUUCCAUAUUUUAUUUUUCAAAUAGAAGGGCUUUUUAAUAGGAAAUGAUCCCAAGAGAGGAGAAAAUAAAUGAUUAGGGAAGAAAUAGCUAGUCGCCAUAUAAAAAGUCUCCUUUUUGGGAUCCCUCUAAAGGAAUAUCUGGGUUGAGACUGAAGCACUGGAGAUGUAAUAGGUCUAGACAGUGCAGAAUGAUAACGGGAAUGAAGGUAAACUAAGAUCCUACUUGCUGCUUUAAAGAUUUCUGACAUUUAAUUCUCAGUACUUGAUUACUGUCUUCUAGAUAUUGGCACAUUUCAUCUGACUACAGGAUAGAGAAUUUUCAGUGAAAUAUCUUGUCAUACCUGCAUUAAUAGUGUACAGUCCUUUACUGUGGUUAAAACCCUGUACUUUUUGCAGAGGUAAAUAAGAGAUAGUUCAGUAAUGGAGGUCCAUGAUGAAUGGCUUUUUUUCUAAUCAGAGUGAGACAGUGCUGUUCUGUUUUAUCAUCUUGCAUGUUAAAAAAGCCUUCUGAGCAAGAACUUACUAUAAUAUAGCACAAAAAGUUAUUGAUCCAGGGAUUCCUUGGGAAUAUCAGUUCUAUCCCUUUUAAAACUUGGUUUUGGUUUUGUCUGUUCUAUGUAUUAUCUUUAGUCAGAGCACAGUCAGUUGCACCAUGCCAAAUGUUAUAGGUAAGGGAUAGAAAAAUGAGUGGUUUUUUGUUAUAAAGGUGUUUUUUGUGGGAUAUUAUACAAUGUAUUUAAAAAUCUCCAUCUCAGCAUUCCAGGGAGGUUAGUUUUGCCUAGGAAAAAGAUUUUCAAAACAUCUGGUCAGUGUAGCAUUUCUCCUCCAGAGAAUCAGUGAUCAUCAAGAGCUGACUGCUCACUGUGAGGAUAAAGUAUCCGAGGUAUUUAUUUCUCCAUAGGUGUUGAGUAUCAAGGAAUGAAGGACUACAAAUCAUUCGUAAUAACCUUCAAUUAUGGAGCUGAGUGAAGGAGUGAGUGUACUUUGGAAUACCAGGGCUCUCUCAUCUCCAGAUCUUAAGCAUACUUAACCCCAGACACCAAAUCCCAUUACUAAACCAGACUGUCUAGUGAACAUCUAUUAUCAAAGUUUACCUGUCACCUGGUAGGUGUCAUCUGAUAAGAAAGAAGACUGGUCAUUUUAAUCUCUUGGGAUAAUCACAGAGAAUUGAAGCCCAUAGUCUUUAUCACCGAAUUCAAGUUUAGAAACAUUGUUUUAAACAAAGUUGUUCUUGAUCUCACCCAUUUAUUUGGGUCAUUUUUCCUAGCUUGGAAUUUUGGGCAAGAACCUCGAAUACCCCAUGUGAUUCUGCAGCAUUAGAUCCGGAGUGACCAUACAGGCAGAGCACCCAUGGCAAUCCUUUCUUGUGUUUUACAUUUCAUGGAAUUUUUUGAAAUAACUCACUGUGAUUGUGCCGUCUUCUGGCCCAGUCAGGCAGCUCUGCUUUUAAUUUGGUUAAUUUUAUUUUCUCUGAAGAGGCAAAAGAGGCACAGUUUAAUCUUUGCCUCCACAGGCGUAUUAAAGCUCAUGUGUUAAUUCAUUCUUACUCUCCUACAUUAAAUUAAAUGCCUUGGGUAAAUGGAUAAAUGGACAUGUGCUCAGCUUUAAUUGUUUUUGCAAGGGAAGAUCAGACAUCUGUAUGGCAUUGUUAGAUUUCAGAGGCUCUCUGUUUCAGUAAAUCUACAUGAAUCUUACCUUCAAAUUUUCCAAUAUGUAUAACCAUGUGAUUCAUGCUGCAAAUGAAAUCAGGAAGCAGUACAGUGCUGAAGCAAGGCUAUUGUCCAAUUCAUUUGUCUUCCUGAUCCUCGUGCUUUGUUUCACGUGUCCAGUGUUUACAUUGCAUACUUGUAUUUUCUGUGAAAGAAAAAAGUUAAAUAAAUCUUGGCAAUUUGA